UACGCUAGGGUUCUUUCGCUGAGGGGAUGAGCCGCUGAGCCGCUAGCCGCCAGAUUACAGGGCAUCGUCUCGGAUUUCUUGGUCGCCCGACGCUGCGAUGGAAGAUCAGAGGUACCGCAAGCAAGUCGCCAUGUCCCUCAUCAUGGGAGCGCUCAUCUACUGCCGCAACGCGAGCAAGCGGCGAUUCGAGCGGCGCAAGUCGGCGAUCGUGAGCAUCGUGUCGGAGAUCCAGCAGGGGAUCCUCGACGGCGCGCCGGCCAAAUCCACCUGGGUGAGAGACAUGCUCAUGCACCACACCGACACCUGGGACACGACGAUCUUCCCGCAGUACGACGAUGGCCAGUUCUGGAAGGAUUUCCGCUGCACCAAGGCGACCUUCGAGUGGCUGUGCUUCACGAUCUUCCAGCCGUGUGGAUUCGAGGGGAAUAGAACAGGUCCCAACUGGCGCGUCAUCUCCCUCCGCCGCCGCGUCGCGAUGCUCCUCUGGCGAUUGCUCCACGGCGGCCGCGAGCACGCCAUCGCCAAGAUCUUCUUCUGCGACCAGUCCACCGUGAACAAGAUCGUCCACAAGGGGCUGGGGAUCAUCGCCAAGCACUGGACCGACGCUUACAUCGGGUGGCCAACCGGGGACCGAGCCAGGGACAUUGCCGCAAAGUUUGAGCUCGAGACUGGCUUCCCCAGCGUGAUCGGAGCGGUGGAUGGAAGCCACAUUCCCAUCACCACCCCGAGCAUCGAUCGCUCGAAUUACUAUAACGACAAGUCCUUCCACUCGAUGAUCCUCAUGGCUGCAGUCGACCAAGACGGGUUUUUUCUCGAGAUCGACGCUGGGCUUUGCGGGAGCUUGCACGAUUCGCAAGCUCUGGCCAGCUCCAGGAUCGCGAGGAGAGCCGGCGAGGGGCUCAUCGACCAGCAGAGAUACCACCUCGUCGGGGACUCGGCUUUCAAUCCUCCAAGGCCGUGGUUGAUGUGUCCAUACCGGGGUGGUGGCCAGCUUACGCCCCAGCAGCAGUCUUUCAACCAAGCGCUCGCCUCUGCGAGAGCUUCCAUCGAGCGGGCCUUCUGCCAACUGAAGUCGAGGUUCCGGGUGCUGCUCAAGAAGAUGGAGGGCGACUUGGACACCACCGUCCAGAUGAUCGGGGUGUGCUGCACGCUCCACAACAUGCUGCUCUCGCAGAACGAGAGCGCCGACCCGGCCUGGAUUGAAGAGUCCCGCCAAGCUCUCGAGUCGACCCGAGGUGUUUCUUCGUCCGGGAGAGAGCCCACGCUGGAGCAAGCCGCGGCGGAGGUGAUGAUCGCCACGGCGGGUCUGCAAGAGCUGGAGUCAGCCACCGCGACGUCCGAUGCCGCGCGUCUGGCGAGAGUCAUGGAGCCGCUGCCACUCCCGGCAGGAUUCAACCACACCGCGGACAUGCAGCGAGCUCGCGAGAUCCGCGACGGCCUCGCCGAGAUGUUAUACUCCAGGAAGCGGCAAAAGACUUGAUUGAGGUUGGGGGAGAA